UUCAAGCAGCUGCUACUCUACAACAAGGACACAGGCAGACUCGCCAUGGACGAGGCUGUGUCUGCUGCACCCUUCCCCGAUCCCCGCAGCUCCGCCCAGGAAGCCGUGCAGGUGUGUACGGAGGCGCACCUGCGGAAGGAAGGCAGGUGGAGCGGGCAGGUGGACGGCAGGGACGUGGUGGUCUUCCACCACCAGGGCGGCAGCUACUGCAUGGACAGGAUAUGUCAUCAUGCAGGAGGACCUUUACAAGAUGGCGACAUUGAGGACAUAGCGGGUCAUGCCUGUAUUGUCUGCCCAUGGCACAAGAUCAAGAUCACUCUAGCAAGCGGUGAGAGUCUCUACCGUGCCAUUGACCCUGCCACCAUAAAGCAGAGGCCACCCAAGACAAGGUGGACUUCAAAGGGUGUGAAACAACGAAUGCACACUGCAGAAAUCAGGAAUGGAAACGUUUAUGUGACUUUGUCAAACAAUGAACAGAAGGUUGAUUCUGACUAUUACUACUCAGAGGAGUACAAAAAGUUAGUCAGUUCCAGCAAAAGAGGCACAACUUGAGCUAGGACUAUGGCAACCUUGACAUGUUGUUCCUGAUAUGACCAGGACAUUCAUAUGUAUUUAGUCUUGUCUUGCCAGUGUUUGUCCAGCACCUUUGAAAUGUUGAAUUAAAAUGUGACAUCAUA